ACCUCUUGCCUCAUCUCUGUGCGCAUUGUAAUUCAUUAUUAUUAUUAGAACAUAGCCUUUGAAGGAGUCACGGUGUCGAAGUUGCAUUGACACUGGCUGCUGUUGUUCUUGCUGGUUCCAGGGAAGCAGCGUGUGGGAAAAUGCCCGAGCUUUUUCGGCGAAAUGUCCUGUGUUUUUGACGCGGAUGUGAACCGCGCACCCGGGCGGAGUGGUGUGUUUGCGGACGCAGCGGGAUAACGGCCCACACAACGCUUUUAAAAGAAAGCCUCUUAUGGCUACAGCCACGUCUAUUAUUGUGCAGUACUGUUUAGUCAAGGACGUGUUUUAUUCUUCACAAUGAGAACAGGCAGGUGCUGAGAGGAAAAUAACGUUUUUAUUUUUUUAUUUUUUCCCCCUGCGGCAGUUUGCCGGGUGUUUUCCUGCGCUCACUGCAGAAAAUAGUCCAAUGAAUGUGUAUGUGUUGGCGCACAAAGAAGAAACGAGAUGGCCAGCUGUCCGAACCCGUGGUUGCCAUGGGUGACAGUGUGCCAUGAGUACAUCGGUCAGAGGUCGUACCAGGUGUCUCCCUUUGAAUGUGUUCGACAUAUCAAAGAGCUGUUCUACGAGGAGACAAACCUGCCUGUCAGGGAACAACGACUGACACACAGUGGGAGAGCGCUGGAUGACCAUUUGCAAAUCUGUACCUUGGUGCCUGCUGGAAGUCCUGAAGUAUCUGUUACCGUGGAGGGAAGAGGCCUGAAAGGAGGAGGGAGGUUUGGACAAACUACACCACCGCUUGUAGAAUUUUUGAAAGAUAUUCUGAGGAGGUAUCCUGAAGGUGGACAGAUUCUGAAGGAGUUGAUUCAAAAUGCUGAAGACGCUGGAGCCACAGAGGUCAGGUUCAUGUAUGAUGAGACAGAGUAUGGAGUGGAGUCACUGUGGUCACCUGACAUGGCUCAGUAUCAAGGGACUGCGCUGUACGUCUACAAUGAUGCUGUUUUCACCACGGAAGACUGGAACGGGAUUCAGGAGAUUGCAAGGAGCAGAAAGAGAGAGGAUCCUUUGAAAGUUGGUCGAUUUGGUAUUGGGUUCAAUUCUGUGUACCACAUUACAGAUGUUCCUAGUAUAUUCAGUGGAGACCAGAUUGCCAUGCUGGAUCCCCAUCAGACCCUAUUUGGAAUGCAUGAGUCUGGUCAGUGUUGGAACUUGAAGACAGAUAUUAAGGAGAUCACCGAACUCGCUGACCAGUUUGCUCCUUACACUGGAAUUUUUGGGAGCUCUGAGAAAACCAUCAAGGACGGCAGCUUUCCUGGAACCCUGUUCCGGUUCCCACUCCGCAUGACACCAUCUCAGCUCAGUGGUAACAUUUACAACAAAGAGAAGGUUUUGGAGCUCUUUGAGUCAUUCAAAGCAGAUGCAGACACGGUACUCCUCUUCCUCAAGAGUGUUCAGAAGAUCUCGUUGCAUGUGCGUGAAUCUGACGGCACAGAACGCAUGCUGUUCCAGGUUACGGCAACAGAGAAUACCGACAAUGAGAUGGAAAGAUCCAACUCACUGAAGGCAUUGGGUCAGGCAAUAGACAGCUACAGUAAUGGUGUUCCAAUUGAUACCAUCACAUGCGUCACCUACCAGGUCAACAUUGAGACUCAGGAUGAAACAGUUAAAGAAACACAGAGAAUGACUUGGCUAGUAUGUAAUGGCAUUGGCGGUAGAGGGAUGUGUGCUGAGUUGGACUGUCUUGCAGAUGACUUGAAGUUUUUCCCCUCCAUCGGCAUCGCUCUGCCUCUGACACUCGUCAGUAAAGAUGACAAAGGUGCCAUGUCGGGUUUCUCAGGACGAGCUUUCUGCUUCCUUCCUCUUCCUCUCGGGGAGGAGAGUGAGACAGGGCUUCCAGUUCAUGUCAGCGGCUUCUUUGGACUCACAGACAACCGUAGGAGUAUCAAAUGGCGUGAAGUGGACCAGUGGAGGGAUCUAGCAGCUUUGUGGAAUGAACUACUUAUAAUCACUGUCAUCCCAAGAGCUUAUUUUACUCUUAUCACUGAGACUAUCAAAAGGGUACAGACAAAAAAGGACCAAGAAUUCCCAGUGUCACCUCAAGGGACCUACGAGGCGUGGCCAGACCCGAAACGGGUCAAGUCUCGAUGGAAACCCAUCCUCCAGCCGCUGUUUGACGAUUUGCUGCGGCAGCAAGUCAUUUACUCCCUCAGUGAAAGCUGGAUCCGGGUGGACCAGGCCGUGUUCUCAGAGCUGGAAACAGAUACGGACAUUUUAGAGACUGUGAUCAACUACCUCCAAAGCUCAGGUUUUCAGGUGGCCAAAGUGCCUGCUGCUGUGGACUCUGUAUUGACAACUUAUGUUAGAGAACCCACUGAAGUGAAAAGGGUGAUGCCAUCAUUGUUGCGACAGGUGAUCAGGAAGUACAAACCCAAAGGUUCCUCCCAGGAGAAGCUGCUGCUGCUAGAGUUUGUACUUAGUGACAACAGUCACAAUGAACUCAUAGGACUGGAACUGCUGCCGCUGCAAGAUGAGAAUUUCACAACAUUUUCAUCUCCUGUCACUGAAAAGGAUAUCAUUUACAUCCCAUGUGAAGAAUAUCCAAGGUGCCUGUACCCAGGACUUGAAGGUCGAUUCCUAUUAGAGAACAUUAAACCUUCAGUAAUGGACAGGCUGAAGACUGCCGCCAAAAGCCGAGGAAGACCCUGCACUCAGCUACAACUAUUGAACGCUGAUCGAUCAGCUCGACUUAUCAAAGAAAUCCUAUCAGCAGCCUGGCCAACUAGAGACUUCACUGUCCAAUGGGAACCUGGAAACAAAGAGCUGAAGCAUCCUACAGUCUUCUGGCUAAAAAUGAUUUGGAAACACCUCUAUAUACAUUUUGCUGAUGACAUAAGUACCUUUGAAGAUAUGCCUUUGAUUCCGCUUGUGCCACUUGAGGAAAGGAUGGACCCAGUUAAACUCCUGCGUCUCAAAACACCAUCUCCCAUUAUUCUUGUGGACAAGGAAGAGACACCACAUUCUGAAAGCCUUCUUAGCCUCAUGGAAAAACUUGGAGCAGUAGUGAUUAAAAAGUUGGAUUCCUGUUUGCAGCACCCUCUGCUAAAGAACUACAUCCGUCUUUCCUCUCCUAGUGUUCUCCUGCAAUUUAUGGCUAGAAUGUCAACACAACGAUUAGCCAGUCAAGUCUCUUCUUUCUCAGACAAAGAGAAGAUUGCACUCAGAAACUUUCUUGCAGGACUGUCUGAUAUUACAGAGAAGGAAAAGCAGACCAUGCUUGAGCUCACCAUCUUUGAGAAAGUGGGAACUUGUUCUGAUGAUACCUCAGCAUUUACAUCACUCCGAGGAGCCAGAGCUUUACAUCAUACUGCCAAGUAUCCACCAGGUGUGAAGUUAGCUGUAAACCUUGUGAGAUGCUGUGACGAGGAAUCAAUCCGCCUCAUCAAGAUGUUAAAUGUAGAACAGGUAAAAACAACAGAAUGUUUGAAGAUGAUCAUUCAGGAUAUACAGAGGGGUUUCUACACAAUGGAUGAGAUGACCCAAAUCAUACUUUGGGCGUUGAAGCAUUUGGCUUUUCUAAAAAAUGAAAAUCCAUCUGUGAUUGGAUGGCUCUCAACUCUAAAAUUCAUUCAGUUUCCUUCUGGAAAGCAAGUCACAGCUUCUGAUCUAUUUGAUCCUGACCUGGAGAUUCUGCAGAAUUUGUUCUACAUGGAAGAGACAACCAGGUUUCCCACAAGUACCUUCACUUCAUCCCCUGAUAUUCUUCACUCACUCAGACAGCUGGGACUAAGAAAUGAAGUGCAACUCUCUGAAAAAGAUGUGCUUCAAGUGGCAAAGAAGAUAGAGGAGUUACGGAGCAAUAAAGAACCGCAGUGGGACUUCAUAGUCAAAAAGGCAAAAACCCUGUUGCAAAUACUCAACAGACAAACAAAACUAAUAAAAUCUGCUGAAGCUCAGGCAACACUGUUAAAGCUGAAAUGGGUACCUGUUUGCAAAGACAGACCUUUAACUUACCCUAAAUCCCUAGCUUGGGUUGGAGAUACUGUCAAUAUCUGCACUCUGUCUGAGAUGUGUGAUAUAUCCCAUGCAGUGCUUGUGGGAUCGUCAGUAGCACUGGUUGAGUACACAUCUGCAGGUAUGAAGAAAGCGCUAAAGCUAACAAUAGCGCCACAAGUGGAUCAGGUAUUACAGCACCUGAAGGCAGUGAAUGAGUGGCAUAAAUCUCAAGCAUUCACCACAGAGGAUUGGUACCAGUUCCAACAGAUCUUGUUUGAGAUCUAUGGCUUCAUGCAAGCUCAUCUUGAAGAUGCAAGAGAAGGUAUGAAGUCACUGCCUUUUGAUUGGGUGUGGACAGGGAAGACUUUCUCAUCACCUGCCCAUACUGUCCUAAAACCUAUGCCUGAUCUGGAUUUGCAGCCUUACCUCUACUCUUUACCAAAGACAAUUAGAAAGUUUCAUAAGCUCUUCAAGUUUUGUGGCUCAAUUGAAGAGGUUGUCCCAAGUCACGUGUUUGAAGUAAUCAACACAAUCCAACAAAGAUGUGAAGGAGAUAUUACCACAGAGGAAAGCAAACAUGAUAUCCUGCUUUUGAUUAAUAUUCUGAGAUGGUUGUACAACAAUCAGAUACCAGUGGAUACGAAAAUGCAUGUACCAAUUCUGUGCUACAAGAACCCCAAAAAACUGUCUAUGAAGCCUAUUCAUGAGUGCACCUACUGUGACAUCAAAGUAGAUGAUUUAAAUGACUUGCUUGAAGACACAACAGAGCCCAUUAUUUUAGUCCAUGAUGACAUCCCCAUGAAAACUGCAGAAUGGCUGAAGGUGCCAUGUUUGAGCACAAGGUUGAUAAACCCAGAGAACCUUGGCUUUGAACAAUCUGGACAGCAAGAACCUCUUACACUGAGAAUAAAAAACAUUCUGGAGGAAUAUCCAUCUGUAGCAGAUAUUUUUAAAGAGUUACUCCAGAAUGCUGAUGAUGCAAAUGCCACAGAGUGCAGUUUUCUUAUUGACAUGAGAAAGAACACAGACAUUCGAGAAAAUCUCCUUGAUCCCGGAAUGAUCGUUUCCCACGGACCGUCCUUGUGGUCCUUCAACAAUGCCGUGUUCUCAGACACAGACUUUUUGAACAUCACACGAUUGGGUGGAUCAGUGAAAAGAUGUGAAGCAGACAAAGUUGGGAAGUUUGGUUUGGGUUUCAACUCAGUUUAUCACAUCACUGAUAUUCCCAUUAUAAUGAGCAGGGAGUUCAUGAUCAUGUUUGAUCCAAACAUCAAUCACAUCAGCAAGCACAUUAGAGACAAGUCUAAUCCUGGCAUCAAAAUAAACUGGAGCAAACAACAGAAACGGUUAAGAAAGUUCCCAAACCAAUUCAAACCUUUCAUCAAUGUCUUCAAUUGCCAGAUUCCUCUGGCACAGGACUCCCCAUAUAAGUACAGUGGUACACUGUUCAGACUCCCAUUCAGAACAGAGCAGGAAGCCUCACUAAGUGAAAUCAGUAGCCUCUACUACAACACCACAGACAUCUACUCCCUUGUUGAUGAGUUCAGUAUAUGUGGACAUCGUUUUAUUUUGUUCACUCAACAUGUUGGAAGUAUGGUUUUGAAAUACCUAAAGUAUGAAGAACCAAAUCCUGCUGCAGCACAAGAUGUUGUCACCAUUAACAAAAGUGUGUGGUCAAGCAAAGCUUCAUAUGGACCUCUCAGCAUCCUGAAAUCUGCAGCAAAAGUAAUGAAGAAGGUAGGAAGCACCAACAAGGUUCCUGCCGAUGUUCCUAAGUCUGGCUGUAUCAUUCGCAUUGUGGUGGAGGAGUUUCACAAUGUUUUCAAGCGCAUUGUUGAUCUCCACUCUCCACUCUUCCGAGGCUCAGAGGAAGAUCCUAACCAGUACUUUGAGAUGGCAGCAAAAGGUGUACAGACAAGACGACUUACUGAUGAAAUGCCCCAAAAAGCAGUUGAGACCACCAGCUGGCUCAUUUGCUCAUGCAUGGAUGUAACUGAGGCUCUGAAGUUUUCUUUGGGCGAAAGCGGAAAAAGGCUAGGACUCGUGCCUUGUGGAGGAGUGGCAGUUCUGCUUUCAGAGGAGAAGAAUUGUAAAUGGAUGGUAACAGCAAACACUACACCAAUAGGAGAAGUGUUUUGCUACUUACCUCUCAGAAUUAAAACGGGCUUACCGGUCCACAUUAACGGUUGCUUUGCUGUGACGUCAAACCGCAAAGAGAUCUGGAAGACUGACACCAAAGGACAGUGGAAUUCUCUGUUCAUGAGACAUGUCAUUGUCCAAGCAUAUUUGGCAGCGCUCACAAUGUUACGUGUAAUGGCUGAAAGUGGAGAACUUCUUGACUACUGCUAUUAUGCAGCAUGGCCUGAUCCAAGUCAGGUUCACGAUGACUUUAUAUUGAUCAGUCAAGGGGUCUACCAAGAAAUAGCCAAAGGAAGUGACCGUGAACAUGCAAAGGUUUUCUCAGAUGGUACAACCUGGGUAUCAAUCAAAUAUGUCAGAUUCCUUGAUGACUCUUUGCUUUGUAGGCCAGAUGUGGGUCCUGCUGCUUUCAAGAUAUUCUUGAAGUACCUCAGGAAGACUGGCUCACAAAACCUCUGUGCUGUUGAGCUUCCUGAUUGGGUGAAGGAGGGAUUUGAUGAUGCUGGCUGCAAAGGGAAAUUGAUGGAAAACACGUUGACUGAGAAGCAGUUCUUCUCAGAUAUCUUCUUCCCUCAUAUCCAGGAAAUUGACAGAGAGCUGCGAGAUCCAUUGAUGCAUUAUGUCUUGAAUGAGAAACUGGAGGAUUUUGCAGCCAUCCUCAGAGUUACUCAAUGUAUCCCAUGCUGUGGUCCAAAUAAGGAACUGGUUUUACCUUCCAGACUCAUUCACCCAGAGGGAAGAGUUGCUAAACUAUACAACACUGAUGAUGGAAGAUUUCCUGAAGGAACUUCUAAAGACUACCUAAACCCUGUGUGCUUAGUGAAGCUACUGCAGCUAGGCAUGGUGAAGGACGAUCUAUCAUGGGAGGAUCUGAUUGAACGUGCCAGAUCUGUUUUUGAUCUUAAUGAAAGUGAUCACACCGCUGCAUGCUUUCGCAGCAGUAUAAUACUUAGCCUCAUUGAUGAGAAACUGAAAGUAAGAGAUUCAGGUCCAACUGAACUCAUAGAAAAGCUGCAAGACAUCAAGUUCCUUCCAUUCCUAACACGACCCGCAGGAUUCUCACUUCCAUGGCAUGGGAACAGUUUUUCCCCAACAACCAUGUUCUCUGCUAGAGAGCUCUUCACCACUGAACAUCAGGACACAGUGUGUCUAAUGAAACCAAUCCUAAAUGAAAACUCCCCAUCAUUCAAGGGUUGUGGUGCAAUGUCGCUAGCUGUGAAAGACUGUCUUGGCCUAAUAAGGAAACCCACAGUUGGACUAGUUGUCAGUCAACUCAACAAAUUGUCUCAAUCAUUUGAUGGUGUGACGCUGUAUCAAGAAAACAUAACCAAUGCCUGUUACAAGUAUCUACAUGAGGAGAUGCUAAAGGAUGAGAUUGCCCAGGGCCAUAUAAGCAAAGAACUGAAAGCAUUCAACUCCAUUCUGGUGGAGAACACCUAUGUUAAUCCCUCCAAAGUGGCAUUCCACUUGAAUUUUGAUGCAGCCCCACAUCUUUAUCAGCUCCCCAAUAAAUACAGAAACAGCUGUCGUGAGCUCUUUGAAAGUGUUGGGGUGCAGCCCCACUUCACAGUUGAGGACUUCUCAGCUGUUCUCGAAAUUGUGAAGCAAAAAUGUGGAAGAAAAGCACUCACAGAGGAGGACUUUCAGCUAUGUCGCAGAAUUAUUAGCGAAGGAAUAUGGAGCAUGAUACGCGACAAACACCAAGAAUACUGCCAAGCAAAUUUUGGUGGGAUUCUUCUACCUGACUCCAAUCUGACACUGCAGCCAUCAAAGUCUCUAUGCUAUAAUGACUGUCCUUGGAUUAAAGUCAGAGACUCCUCUGUGAAAUACUGUCAUGGAGACAUACCAAGAGAGGUUGCAGUGAAAUUAGGAGCAGUUCCAAAACGUCACAAAGCCUUGGAAAGGUAUGCUUCGAAUGUCUGCUUCACAACACUUGGGAGUGAGUUUGGGCAGAAAGAGAAACUCACCAGCAGAAUAAAAAGCAUUCUCAAUGCUUAUCCAUCAGAAAAAGAAAUGUUAAAAGAGCUGCUUCAAAAUGCAGAUGAUGCCAAAGCCACUGAAAUUUACUUUGUUUUUGAUCCAAGAACUCAUCCUGCAGACAGAAUAUUUGAUGACAAAUGGAUACCAAUGCAAGGACCUGCACUGUGUGUAUAUAACAACCAACCUUUCACAGAGGAUGAUGUACGAGGUAUACAGAACCUCGGAAGAGGAACAAAAGAGGCCAAUCCAGGAAAAACUGGUCAGUAUGGCAUAGGAUUCAACUCUGUCUAUCACAUCACUGACUGCCCAUCCUUCAUCUCAAACAAUGACAUUCUAUGCAUCUUUGAUCCACAUGCCCAGUAUGCACCUGGUGCAACGUCUUUGAGUCCUGGAAGAAUGUUUAGAGAUUUAGACUCUGACUUUAGGUCUCAAUUUUCAGAUGUUCUCAAUCUUUACUUGGGCAAGCACUUUAAGUUGGAACGCAGUACAAUGUUCAGAUUCCCAGUCCGGUCUACAGCAAUGGCAAAGACAUCAGAAAUCAGCUCUAUCCCUGCAUCAGACAGAAUGGUGCACAACUUAAUGGAAAAGCUAAAAACAGAUGGCGCAGAACUUCUGAUGUUCCUCAACCACAUGGAGAAAAUAUCAAUCUGUGAAAUUGAUAAUGGAACUGGAGAACUUAAAGUCCUCUAUUCUGUGACUGCUAAGAUAACAGAUGGUGAUCGGCUCAAACGCAAGCAGUUUCAUGCCUCAGUAAUUGAUAACGUGACCAAAAAGAAGCAACUCACUGCUAUCCCAGUCCAACAGAUAACUUACACAAUGGACAUAGAGGACACUGAUGGCGUAUCAACAACAUGGAUGAUCUGCAACCGAUCUGGCUUUUCUAAUAUUGAAAAUGUCUCAAAAAGUGUGAUCUCAGCCCAUAAAAAUGAAGACAUAACUCUGUUUCCACGUGGAGGAGUGGCUGCCUGUGUAAGUCACAACUAUAAAAAAGCCCACAGGGCCUUCUGCUUUUUACCUCUAUCACUGGAGACUGGCUUACCAUUUCAUGUCAAUGGGCAUUUUGCACUAGAUUCUGCUCGAAGAAACCUGUGGCGAGAUGAUAAUGGAGUCGGGGUGAGAAGUGACUGGAAUAAUAAUUUGAUGACAUCACUGAUAGCCCCUGCUUGUGUGGAACUACUGGUUCAGCUCAAACGACGAUACUUCCCCGGUCCUGAUCCUACUAUGACCGUACUACAAGGAACACCAAUUCAUGUCGUUAAAGACACUUUACGGAAAUUUCUCUUCUUCUUCCCGGCCAACAGACUUGAUAUACAGCCAGACUGGUAUUGUCUGGUCAAAGCAGUGUACAACUGCAUUCAUGCCGACCUGAAACGUCUCCUUCCUGUAGUCAGAGCACCACAAAUGGACAGUUCUGAUAUGCACUUUGUCAUUUACAUCUCAUGGGUCAACACAUCCACUGCAAACAAAGGCAGAGCCUUUUUUGACAAUCUCCUACAAGAUGAGCUUCAUCACUUGAAGAACACAGAGAACAACAUCACCUCAAGGAAAUCUGUGGCUGAAAAUGUUUACAGGCUGAAAACCUUGCUUCUCGACAUUGGCUUCAACCUGAUUCACAGUUGCGAUGAGACUGCAAAUCUUUAUUUCUGUUUGCAAGAUGCAGGGAUUCCUGUAAGCUACGUGACACCAGAGGAUGUUCGCAACUUUCUUCACACAUUCUCAUCACCAGACACAUCAUGCCACAUAGGAAAACUUCCUUGCCGUCUCCAACAAUCAAAUUAUCGCCUGAUUCAUAAUUUGAAGCUUCUAGUUGACUACUGUUUCAAAGAUGUAGAGGUUGAUGAAGUCAAAAUCGAGGGCUUGCCUCUGUUGAUAACAAUGGACAAUGUGCUUCAGGUGUUCGAUCCCAAGAAACCAAAGUUCCUCACAACACAUCACGAACUAAUCUCUGCAAGGAAGGAAAUGUUCAUGAACACAUUGUACAUAAAGUAUAGCAACAUCAUGAUGAAAGCCGGUGUUGCAAAGAUCUUUGAUAUUAGCAGCUUUGGUGACCUGUUGGGGUCCACUCUUCCAAGAGAGUAUCGAACAAAAAUUCCAGUGAAGUGGAGAGACAACUUUGCAAGUGAGUCCUGGCUGAAGACUGUCUGGAAUUUCGUCAGUGAGAAUACUGACAUUAAAGAGGAUCAGGUGGAUAUGAAACCUGGUUUUGACGCAGUGAUUGACAUUCUGAAAGAUUGGGCAUUGCUACCUGGAGUAAAAUUCAUGGCAAGAGAAAAGUUAGUUGUGCCUGAGCAUGAUGUUCUUUUGCCCCUGAGUUUGAUGAAUGUAGCUAUUUUUCCACAAGGCCAGAAUGACAAAGUAUUUCACUCCCUAAUGAAAGCUGGGUGCAUUCAGCUUGCUGUGAAUAAAAUCUGCACCAAAGACAAUCUGAUUAUACAUUUCUUGGCACAAAAAACAGCAAAUAUUGAUAAUCCAUCAAGCAUUCUGAAGGCUUUAGAAUACAUGAUUCAGACAUCAUCAUUUAAAGCCACAAAUCUGACUGACAAAGACUAUGAAGCUCUCCUGUUGUAUUUCACUUGCAAUCUGGUUAACCUCACGCAAGAGGAUGCGCAGAGCCUAAAACUCCUCCCAUGCUUUAAAUCAGUUAGUGGGAGAUACAUCAGCAUUGCAAACUACGGAGCAUCCUAUGUUCUUGCUGAAAGUAUUCCUACUGCAGAUAUAGAAAAAUGGGCACACACAACAUCCUUUGCCUUUCUUGUGGACAGUGCUCAGCUGAGGGAACUGUACAGUUUUCUUGGCUGCAUUCCAAUUGAUGACUUAGAAAUCUACCUUAAACAUCUGCUGCCCAAGUUCGACAGUCUUUCCUAUGACGCAAAAGUUGAACACAUUGUCUAUUUGAAGGAGAGGCUUUUGUCAAUGGAAGAAUCAUGUGAGAUGAAGGGUCAGCUCUAUGAGAAAUUGGAGGGUCUAUCAUUCAUCUAUGAUUAUUCAAACAGACUCAAGCCAACCAAAUUUUUCCAUGAUGAGACAGUGAAGGUGUUUGAAGUCAUGUUACCUUCAAAGUCAUUCAUACCCGGUGACUUUUUUAAGAAAGUUGAACAAGUAUCAAAAUCCAAGAAUGGGUUAUUGUUGCUUACCACAUGGAUAACAUUUCUGAGAAAAAUUGGUCUCAAGCAUGAAGUGUCACAACAACAAGUUCUUCAGUUUGCAAAAGAGGUAAGCAUCAAAGCCCAAACAGAGAGCUGGACCAAAGAAAAAGUGCAAACGAUUGUUGAUGUUCUCUUGAACCAUAUAUUCAAAGACAGGACUGAUCUUUUGGUUGGGACUUUUCUCAAGGAGCUCUCUAUGAUACCAUUCCUAUGUCCUGAAAUAGCCCCAAAAGAACUCACCAGACUUCAUUCACAAUACCAAGAAAUGAGUGGCACCCUUCCAUUAAUUCGUUUCAGUGGAUCUCAAGUAAAUCCAAAACUCAAGCAAACAGAUGCCAUCUACUUGCUUUGGACUUCUUGCCCAAUUCUACCUGAAAAUGCUACACCAUCGACUAUCAAUAAUCAGGAGGGCAGUGCUCUUACUGGACAAGAACAACUGGACCAAGUGCUAAACAUGUUGGGUGUCAACUUGGAACCACCUCUGGAAAAAGUAAUAAGCAACUGCAAGAAUAUCUGUAACAUAUCUAAUCCAGAUGAUGAAAUGGUGAAAACCAGGAACAAAGUUUUAAGGUCCACCUAUGAGUUUCUCAAUGCAGAUAAAAGAGAGUUUCAUUUUCAUCUACGUGGCGUGGCAUUUGUCAUGGUUGAAGAUGGCUGGAAAUUGUUGAAACCUGAAGAGGUUGUCAUUAAUCUAGACAAUGAAUCUGACUUCAAACCCUUUUUGUACAAAUUACCUCUUGAGCUGGGUACCUUUCACCAGCUGUUUAAACUUCUUGGCACAGAGGAUGUGGUAUCAACCAAACAGUAUGUUGAAGUGCUCUGGCGAAUUUAUAGAAGCUCUGAGGGAAAACAGCUUGACCCAAAUGAAAUGAGAACCGUAAAACGGGCAGUUUCAGGAUUGUUCAAAUCUCUCCAUAAUGACCCAGUGGAAAUUCGUAAAGACCUUGACAGUCUCAGAGAUUUGGCAUUUUAUCUUCCAAGCCAUGACGGUAGAUUAGCCAAAUCCAAUAGCUUGGUGUUUGACGAUGCACCACACUACAAAAGCAGGAUUCAAGGCAGUGUUGGUGUUCAGAUGCUUGUGGACAUGAGCCAGUGCUAUCUUGGCAAAGACUAUGCUUUCCAUACAAAACUGAUCAUGCUUCUUCCACAGAAGCUAAGACCAAGACUUCUUAGUAGCAUCCUAGAAGAGCAGCUAGAUGAAGAUUCUCCAAAAAUGUGCCAGUUUGGGGCUCUGUGUUCACUUCAAGGUCGUCUUCAGCUGUUGCUGUCGUCAGAGCAGUUCAUUACAGGACUAAUCAGAAUAAUGAAACAUGAGAAUGAUAACACUUUCCUUGUGAAUGAGGAAAAAGCGAUACGUCUCUGCAAAGCACUUUGUGAAGGACUGAAGGUGUCUUGUUUUGAGAAACUCCAGACAACAUUAAGAGUCAAAGGAUGUAGUCCCAUCCCACACAGUCGUAGCGAAACUCUGGCCUUCCUCAAGAGGUAUGGGACAGCUGUUAUUCACCUCUACAUCCAGCAUUCUGACAGCAAAGACAUAAACUUUCUGUUAGCACUGGCAAUGACACUGAAAUCUGCUACAGACAAUUUGAUUUCUGACACUUCCUAUCUAAUUGCAAUGUUGGGUUGUAAUGACAUCUACAGAAUCACAGAGAAGCUGGACAACCUCGGUGUAAAAUAUGAUUCAACAGAGCCUUCCAAACUUGAGCUACCUCUCCCUGGAACACCGAUACCAGCUGAGAUACAUCAUACACUUCUCAUGGAUCCCACAAAUGUAUUUUAUCCAGGGGAAUAUGUAGGCUACCUUGUAGAAUCUGAGGGUGGAGACAUAUAUGGGUCCUACCAGCCAACCUACACAUAUGCCAUCAUUGUUCAAGAAGUAGAAAGAGAGGAGGAGGAAAACACAAAUGUCCUUGGGAAAUGCUUCCAGAUUGACAUUGGUUACAGUGAGUAUAAAAUAGUCAGUUCUCUUGACUUGUACAAAUUCUCAAGACAAGACGAAAGCAGCAAUGUGCGAGACAGCAGUUCCCCAUCAACUCCAACAAGCCCAGAGAGCCGUUCGUGUGGUCUACGAAUGGCCCCUCCAGUAUUUACUGGGAAGGAAAAUCAUCGACCUCCUCCUCAAAACCAGUCACCAAAAAAGAUCAAGUUGAAUGCACUACCUGACAUUUUGAAAGAAGUGACUGCAGUAGUUGAGCAAGCUUGGAAGCUGCCAGAAACAGAGAGAAAGAAGAUAAUCCGCCGAUUAUAUCUCAAGUGGCAUCCUGACAAAAAUGCUGAGAAUUUGGACAUUGCCACAGAAGUCUUUAAGCACUUGCAGAAUGAAAUCAACAGGAUGGAGAAACAGUCUUUAGCUGAUCAACAGAAUGCUGACAGAAGCUCCAGGAGAUCCUUCUCUACAUCAUCAGCACGUUUCCAGUCAGAGAAGUUCUCAUUUCAAAGGUUCUAUUCAUCAUGGAAUCAGGAAGCAACAAGUCAUAAGUCAGAGAGACAACACUUUAGGGAACAGUACACUAGCUAUGCAGGUUCUUCACAUUCUCACCGUUUCUUUGUGCCCCCCACUUUUAAGACAGUCGGGAACCCUGUGGAAGCUCGCAGGUGGCUAAGGCAAGCCAGAGCAAACUACUCAGCUGCUCGGAAUGAUCUUCACAAAAAUGCCAAUGAGUGGGUUUGUUUCAAAUGCUACCUGGCCACCAAGCUUGCACUGAUUGCUGCUGACUAUGCAGUCAGGGGAAAGUCAGACAAAGAUGUGAAACCCACAGCUCUGGCACAAAAGGUGGAGGAGUACAACUCCCAGUUAUCAGGUCUGGCUAAUGAUGUCCAAAUCAUGGAAGGAUAUGGUGUGGACAGUUUAAGAACUCGUUAUCCUGAUCUUCUGCCCUUUCCGCAGAUCCCCAAUGAUAGAUUCACAUCUGAAGUGGCAAUGAGAGUAAUGGAAUGUACUGCACGGAUUAUUAUAAAGCUUGAAACAUUUGUGCAGCAAAAAAUAUAAUACUGCUGUAAAAAAAAGUUAAUUCAGCUAAAAUGGAGUAUGCAUGGAGCAUCUGUGCGACAGAGGGCAGCCGCGACAGUGUGCAGUACAAAUCAUGUACAGAUGAGUGACAAAUUGAAAGAAAAACCUGAAUAAAUGAAGACACUGAACAAGUGCAUUUGGUUCCAUUGAAGUGCCCCGUGUGAUAAAGCAAAGCUGUUAAAAUCCUGUACUAGUUUGUCUUCUUCUGUUGCCCAUUGGUAGUCUCACUGCAAAUCAAGUUAUUCUGAGUCAUUAUCUGAUGAGGCAUCAUUUCUACUCUAACUCAUGUGGCCUGUUGAAGGAUAACAGCAGGUCUUCAUCACUGCUAGUAUAUUAACAUGUCAUAGGAUGAAAAGCAUGGGUCUGAUCUGUAAGUACAGUCUUGGUUCCAUUCAGUUUAGUCGUGCCAGUUCCAGGGCCUUGCAUUUGUGCAUGCCGUCUUCUCGCCAUGUUUUAAACCCCUGUCACACUUCACACAAUUUGGGCCAUGAUCACUGGCAUUGGGCACUGAACUCCCAAAACCUGAAAAUAUUACUGCAUGCAGUGAUAAUUCCUGUGCAUUCAGUUACUUCCAGAUGUUGUGGUAAUCACAUUACACAACUCUGCCAUUUCAUAGCAUAUCCAGAACAUAUUGGCAGUGCAACUCCUGUCCUACUGAGCUACUUGCUCUAGACAGGUAGUGUGACCAGGUAUCAAACCAACCAAUCAUAUUUCCCGUCAUGCUUCCUGUCUGUGUCCUUGGACAAGACACUUAAUCUGCAUUCCAGUCCACCCAGCUGUACAUAGGUACGAGCUUUGGAUGGGGAAGUAACCUGGAUCCUGUCCAGGGGGUCAUAGUCUCUCAGCUUCACACUACAGAAUCCAGGGAUAAGCACAGGCACUAACUGGCCUCAGGGCCGACAGAAUUUCCUUUUCUUCCAUCACUGUGGUCCUGCUUAAGUACUCAUGUUGUGUUCUCGUAGCCAUUCAUGGUGCUUCAUGAGAAAUGUAUGGCUACGGGGGAGUACAGAUCUGUUACAGGCUCACUACGAGUUCCUACCUGUUUUCAAAAACUGUCAUAAUGACAACAAGCAGAUUUUACAGUUGCUCAUGGUAACUCAGGGCCACCCACGACAUAUGACGAGCGACAGUGACUUGUAUGAAUGGCCCAGACUGAACCUACGUCACAUCAAGAUUUAACACUAAUUAACUUGUGUUCCAAAUCCUGAAAAAGUUGACAGCUAUUGUAGUGAUACACCUAAACAGAGUAGAGCUGUCUUGAAUACUGCUGUAGUUCCACUUGUGUUUUACCAGUUACAAGUCAACAUGGAAAAUGCUUCAUUCCCGUAGGAGAGCUCUACGGACUCGUGGAGUUCAUGCCAUCUUUCAAUGACACUUUUGUUUUGCCUCAAGUUUUUUUUUCUUUUGAUUUGUCACUUGUCUGCCAGUUUGAGCAAAAUUGACUUAUCCAGCUUGCAGCUUAUAAUCAAACAUCUGUAGUUUCAAUCUGUGAUGACCAUAAUGUGGUUCAUCAACAGUAAAUGUAUGGCUCCAGUAACCUGUUAGAAUGUAUCAGUAUAGAUUUGCUGUAAUGCUGUAGAUGCUGUACGUAUGUAUAGAUGCCUCAGUAAUAUCCUAUAUCAUUAAAAAAAUCCCUACAUUCAAUGUACAGUAUAGUCUUUCAACUUUGAUUCAAAGUAUAUUAACAUGCUGAUUUUUUAACUUUAUCUUUUAUAAAAAAAAUUAUUUUUUCUUGCCACAGAUUGCCAGUGUACUUUAGUUUGUGCUUAAAAUGAAGGAUAAACUAAAAUAUUACCAUUAAUGUAAUGCAGUGUCUCCUAUUUGCACAAUUUCAGCAAAUCUAGGAAAUUGUAAGCAUCCUUGUAAAUUUUAUUUAUUUAUUUUUGUAUUUGUUUCCAGUUGAGUUGAUGUAAUUUAUGCAAUAGUUGUAAAUUUUAUGUAACAUAAAAGUCACUUGUUAACGGACAAUGCCUACAGUCAUGCUCUUUAUGUGUGUGCACAGUGUGCACUUGUACACAACAGUGUCGUCCCAACAACAUAUGAACAAUUCUUAUAUUUAUUACAUUUUUUAAUGCUGUCUUUGUUUGUUUGGCCUUUCCAUGGUUAAUUAUUUGUUGUAACUCAUCUAUAAAUAUGGUAAAUUUAUUACUACUGCACUGGUUUUUCAUGUGAAGAAUGUAUAUGUAAUAUAUACAGUAGGGCACUGUGAAGACAAAAUGUGAUGCUUUGAAAAUGAAAAAGUUUGGACAAACUACUGUACGUGUAGCUCAAUUUGUUUUUGAAAAAAGUCUUCCAAGAGUCAUUGAGACUGUUUUGUAAUACUCAGUACUAAGACAGUUUGAUCAUACAAAAAGUCAUUGUCAUGAAGUACUGUGGGCACAACAUAUUCAUGUAUUUUAUUUUAUUUUUUUUUUAUUUCAGCUUUUCUGAUUUGUAAGGAAUAUAUAACUACACCACAUUUUAAUCUUUUUUUUUUUUUUUACUGAUUUACUGACUUUGUGUUACUGUUUUAAAAGUUCAUACGUCCAUUUACAUUUUAAAUGUGCUGUUUGACAUUAGUGUUGCUUUACUCCUCAAGACUGAGGUUACUGGGCCAAGGGAGGCUCCUUUAAUGUUUUGUGUAACAUACAUUAAUGUACAUUGUGCCAUAGGUAGGACUAAUAAAUUCCCCUGAAAUAA